UUGAUUUGCUUUAGAUUUACAGAUGAAGUUUCGGUAUUGUUCGGGCCCAUUUUAGCCUGUAAUUAUUUGUUUCAUCUGGUUUGCUGUAGUUUGUUACUACUGGAAUGUGGAUAUAGUGCAAUGUUACGUUAUGGGCCUAUGACUGUACUCAUAUACGGUCAACUGAUUCAAAUGUCAGUUAUUUUUGAGUUGUUGGGUUCAGAGGUUAGUAAGAUAUUUAAAAAAAUACAAUUUCCCCAACGUUGGUGUCAAUAAUACCUAUCUACUAGAUCCACACGUUGGAUGAGUGGCGUAGGAACGUAGGCGCCGGCACAAAAGAAUAUAAUUACUCGUAUACGUAUUAACCCAUUAC